UUUCACGCCCGUGAACAGAACACUUAGUAAUAGCAUUUGUUAUAUUUUUAUGUCUGUUCUAAUACUAUUUAAUGUCCAGUAAAAUGUGGUCAAUACUGUUGGGAGUGGUGACCCUAGCGUCGUUGAGUGCCGCGUGCACUCCCAGUGUGACAACAGUGAGUGGUACCCACGCGCCUGUCACAGUCUGCUCGGGGGCACUCAUCUUUGCUGACGACUUCUACGACUUGGACUUGGAGAAAUGGCAACAUGAGAACACGCUUUCCGGUGGUGGAAAUUGGGAAUUCCAGUACUACAACAAUAACCGUACCAACUCGUUCGCAGACAACGGUGUUCUAUACAUUAGGCCUUCUCUCACAUCUGAUCAGUUCGGAGAAAAUUUCUUGAGUAGUGGCAACUUGAACAUUGAGGGCGGCGCUCCAGCAGACAGAUGUACUAACCCGCAAUGGUUUGGUUGCGAGCGUACAGGAUCACCAGACAAUGUCCUCAACCCAAUCAAGAGCGCGCGCCUCCGCACUGUAAACUCUUUCAGCUUUCGAUAUGGAAGAGUUGAAGUGAGAGCUAGAAUGCCAGCAGGGGAUUGGCUUUGGCCAGCAAUUUGGUUAAUGCCAGCGUAUAAUUCUUAUGGAACUUGGCCUGCAUCUGGGGAGAUUGAUUUGGUAGAAUCACGUGGCAACCGUCACAUGUUCAGUAAUGGCCUUCACAUCGGCACACAGGAGGCCGGCUCUACUCUCCAUUAUGGACCGUAUCCUGCCCUCAAUGGAUGGGAGCGAGCCCACUGGUUGAGAAGAAACCCCGCUGGCUAUGACAGAGCAUUCCAUCAAUAUCAACUCGAAUGGACCCCAGAUUUUAUAAGAUUCAGUAUUGACAACGUGGAAUUAGGCAGAGUUACACCUCCCAACGGUGGAUUCUGGGAAUUCGGUGGAUUCAACCAUCAUAACGUGGAAAACCCAUGGCGUUUCGGUAGCAAAAUGGCACCUUUUGACCAGAAGUUUUACUUAAUAAUGAACGUGGCUGUAGGAGGCACUAACGGCUUCUUCCCUGAUGGUGUUGCCAAUCCAACUCCUAAACCAUGGUGGAAUGGUUCACCAACGGCUUCAACUGACUUUUGGCGCGCGCGAAACAAUUGGCUCCCAACUUGGAACCUCAACAUAAACGAUGGAAGAGACGCAUCUCUACAAGUCGACUAUGUGCGCAUUUGGGCUCUUUAAAACUACUGAAAACGUUUAAUAAAAGCAGACUUUAACAAAAAUAGUUUUUAUUUUCUUUCAUUCUUACAGCACUUUUUUAAAUUGCCCCGAAAUGCCAAACGAAAUGGGCAACCACAUCUAUUAACAAAUACUCUGAUACUUUCACUGACUGACUGACAAAACAAUAAGUUUUAUUAUAUUAUUUGUAAAGGGCAUAAUUUCAUUUUUGUUGUCUUGUACUUAAGAGUUUCUAUCUAUUCUCAGUCCAUAUGGUAAAAACGUGGGCUCAUGUACUGUGGAGCUUUGUUACUUGAUAACGGGGUUGAUGUCGUCAUCAUGUAGGAUGGGAUUUGUCUUCUUUUGUCGGGGAAAGGACUUACACGCGAGUAAUAUCUUCUUUCUAUAACCUGCAACAAAAAAUAGCCAUAAUAUAUAAGCGAGUAUCUAGAAUCAAAAAC